UGGAAAUAAGAGUAUCUUCGAUCCCGAGGGCCAAAGGGACAAUGGCUGAGGCGCUGGUCAACGAUACAACUAACACCCUACGCAUUCUCCUUGUUGGACAUACCGGGCAUGGAAAGAGUUCCACUGCCAAUUCUCUGCUUGGAUACAACAAAAAGGACAAGAGGGGAUUUGCUUCAAAGAAGUCUGCCAAAUCUGUAACAACCAAGGCGGAAUCAAGGGUUGAAGUGCGGUUUGGAUAUAGGCUUGAGGUGGUUGACUGUCCUGGAUUUGCUGACACUUCAGGCUCUGAUGAUUUCAUUCAAAGAGAGAUUGGGAGAGCGCUAUUCUGGACCCUUCCGGGUUUUCACUGCAUUGUAUUUGUAUUGAGACCAGACCGGAUAACAGAAAGUCUCACAAACACAAUUGAAUCUUUUUUUGACUUCUUUGGAAAAGACGUCGGUGCAUAUGCAUGUCUUGUCCUAACCCAUAUUGAGGAUGAUGAUGAGAUGACUGAAUAUUUAGAUUCAGUUGAACCAACCAACCCCAACGAGACUAGAAACGAACAUUUAAAAAAACUCAUCGACUUAUGUCAAGGAAAGGUUUUGCCCGUUGAUAAUACAAACGAUGUUGAAGAUCGAGAACAUCAAGUCGAAAAAAUACUACACAGAAUAGAUCGAAUGAAAACAGGGAAUAAACAUCCAUAUUUUACCAAUGAAAUGUUUGAGGUUGCAAUGGAAGCCAUUGAUGAACGUGAAAAGAAAAGAAAACAAAUGUUAGCGGAUAAGAAACGAGAGGUCGAGCGGGAGGAACAAAGGCGCCAGGAUGAACUGAGAAAGUUGCAAGAAGAAAAAGAACGAAUAAAAAAAGAAGCAGAGUUCGAAAAGAAAAAUCAACUACUUGAUUUAGAAAAAAUAAGACUCAUCGAAGAAAUGAAUAGCAGACGCCAUGAUCUUGAAUUGAAGUUCAUAAAAGAAAGGGAAAUGCACAAUUUUGAACUGAAAAAACUGAAAUUGGAAAUGGAUAGGGAAAGAGAGGAGCAAAUGAAUGUUAUGCGUCGCGACAUAAACGGACAUCACGUUCGUUUCAAUGAAGUGUACGAUCCAACCAAACAACAGAAAUCUCGCCUCAUGAGAGGUAAAAUCGAAACGAGAUUCCGAAGAGAUAUCCAGGUUGUUAUAAUGCGCGGAUCAGUUCAAUCAUCGGAAACCUCUAACAACGUCUUUCAAGACCAACUCAAGCUGGCAUUUGAAGCGACGAAUGAAAGCGGCUUUGAUUGUGUAGGAGUUGUUUUGAAUCCAAACAUCAUUUCGACAGAUAUUAUGCCAACUUUCGAAACAAUUUAUAAAGUAUUUGCAAAAGGUCUUAAAACGCAUGGUGUUGUACUCCUUACCAGUUGUGCUUCGGACGAAGAAAAAGAAGAACAUCUGAAGUAUCUGAAAACUUCAGAUGCCAGUCUUGCAAUGGGUGUGAAUGAUCUCUUUAAACAUGUCAAAGAAAACGUAGUAGUUAUCGACAAUGCAAAUGAUCCCGAUGAAAAGUUAGACCAAGUUCAGAAUGUUAUUCAACUUUUGGAAGACAUGCAAAAGAAAAAUAACCGACGCCGCCUAACAGUUGAUCAAAUACAAGUGCAUCUCGACCCACCAUCAAUGAUGGCUAAACAAUACGAUAUGAAUCGUGGUUUGAGAUCGGAGUCAUCUCGUAGUUCAAACGAAAUAUUGAAGAAAACAGAUCUUCGCAUACUGCUGAUUGGACCAAGCGGGCAUGGAAAAAGUGCAACUGCAAAUUCAUUAUUAGGCCUCGCAAAAGGCGAUGAAAAGGCAUUUUUGUCAAAAAUGUCAGCCAAGACAGUAACCAUCCAACUACAAAAACAGACAGCCCAAAUUAAUGGCCGAGUCGUUGAAGUUUUUGAAAGUCCAGCAUUUUCACGAGACGAUGCAAUGAGUACAUUUACUGAAAGUCUUCAUGAGGCAAUUGCGUACUCUGAUGUUGGAUUUAAUUGCAUUGCAUUUGUACUGCGGCCGGCGCGUAUGUGUCCAGACAUAAUACGCACUAUUGCCACGUUCGUCACAUUUCUAGGAAGAUAUUCUGAUGUUUUUGCACUGUUCAUAUUAACAUGCACAAAAGAUCAUUCAGAAAGGGACUUGCGUCUUGCUGAAAUGCAAGAUAUCUUAUCAAAUCAGGAAUUAGAAAACUCUGAUUUCAUGAAAGAAUUGUUUGUCAGAUGCAGUAAAAAUGUCAUGAUAAUCGAAAACCAAUCCAAAGAUCCGCAAACGAAGAUGGACUAUGUCGAACGCAUUUGGUGCAGAGUAGGUGAAAAUUUCGAUAAACGCUUUCAAUUGGAAAACUUUUUCGAAGUCCUUGGCAAUGCAAAGAAAAGGGAAAACAUUCCAGAACAAAAAAAUGCUGAAAACAACAGUUUAGAACCCCAAAACACACCCAAUGUGAAUGAAGAAGAAUUGCAAAAAGCUAAAGAGGAAGCAGAAAUGUUUGAGAUAGAAAAAAGAAAGAAAAGAAAACAAGAAUUCAAAAGUCAAACACGAGAUAUGGAAUCAAAAACUGAGACGAAUAAUGAGGCUACCCGAAAGCAUCACUAUGAAGAAAUGCGAUUACUUCGAGAGAGAAAUGAACUUCAAUUAAAAAAAAUGCAGCUCGAUAACAUUCGAGUCAAACAGCAGAGUCGGGAAAAGGAACUGUUAACGAAAGAAGACAAUUUAGAAAGAGAACGACGGGAUUUUGAAACAGAAAAACGUUAUUUUGGCAAAACACAAGAAUGUAUCUUAUUAUAACGCUGUGAAGUAAUAUCAUGGACACAGAUAUAAAUUAAAUGUCUCUAUAACAAAGGCUUUUAUGAAGGCUUUUUGUGAACUUGACUCACAAACUGUUUGUUUCAGCCGUUUGUCGUUUGACUAAUAAUAACUGAUAAUUGUCAAUCGUUGUACUUUAAAUGUUAUGAUAAAAAAUAUGGGAUUCGUAGAGAAAAACAAAACAAAACAGAUAUAAAGAUUUCAUAUGAUAUUGGUCACUGACCGUGUCAUUUUGAGAUUUGUCUUAACAAACUGUUUAUUUGUUGUUUAGUUAAACAUAUAUAGUUUGGGUAAAUUCGCAUAAAUGAACAAAAGUGAAUAUGGGAUAAGAAAACAUGUUAAGCAAACUUCUGUAAAUUUUUCUCCCUGAGGUGGAAAUGCAGAAGUAACAGUUAUCAUUGCAAAAUUAUGUAUGCUUCAAGACAAAAGUCUUAAAAGAAUAGCUUACUGUUUUAAACUGGUGGAAUGUCUCUUCUGUCGAAAUACUGAGGUAGUAUGAACUUUAUAUGUAGUAUACACCAUUAACCCACUAAACUAGUGUUAGUUGUUGGAAAUAAAAAUUAUUCAAAGGUAAGAAGUAUGUUUGU